GGACCGGCCACAUAACAUAACAUUCAACAUCAGUCUCUGUCUAUUGAGUGGUGCGGGUGUAUAUACUAGGAUGUGAAUUAUCGUUAGACUAAUCGGCAAAUAGUGCAAGAAUAAUCUAUUAUUUAAUCUUUCUGAGCUAUCGAAUUGGAUUAGCACUAUGGAGACUAAAACGCAAGAUGACACGACAGAAGAAUCGCCUUUGAAAAAGGAUGUCAAACAGAUAGAACAAAUGACUGUGAUAGAAAAAUUUAAAUACAUCAAAUCGAACAUUACUGUGGAACCUGUGUUAGCUAUGUUUGUUAUGCCAAGCGUUCUUGCCAUCUUGGCCACGCAGAAUCUGAACCUGGACAAGGCUUGUCGAGUGAACCUGGGUUUUGGGGAUGAAGUGUGCACCGCGCUGAGAUUAAGAAAGCGAGCGAAUCAUACGAACGAAGAAGACGAAGUACAGAAGUUAAUAGCAUCUGUACAAGGAUGGAAAUCCGUUAUCCAAACAGCUGUCCCGACGAUCCUGAUGCUUUUCGUCGGGGCGUGGAGUGACAAGACUGGUAGAAGGAAGAUCUGCAUGCUCAUGCCUAUCAUUGGAGAAUUCCUGACCUGUGUCCUUAACAUGAUAAACACGUACUUUUUCUACGAAGUCAGCGUAGAAUGGACGGUAGCUAUGGAAGUUUUUUUCCCGGCCCUUACGGGUGGCUGGUAUACAAUGUUCCUGGCCACUUUCAGCUAUCUAGGUGAUAUAACUUCGAAAGAAACUAGAACUUUCCGAAUGGGCAUUUUGAGUUUGUGUAUGACCGUUGGUUUCCCUAUUGGGAUGGGUUUGAGUGGAGUCUUAUUGAGGCGUUUGGGGUAUUACGGAGUGUUCAGUAUAUCGGCGAGCCUGCAGUGCGUCAACUUCUUCUACGUUUAUUUCUUUUUACAAGAUCACACGUGGCUUGAGACCAGGGAAAAGGUCCAAUCUCCGGGUUGCACCGCCUUAUUGCUGGAUUUUUUCGACUUCGCGAGUCUAAAAGAAACACUUGGCAUAGUGUUUAAAAAAGGAGACAACAACAGGAGAUUGCGGAUCUGUCUCAUUCUUACUGUCGUCUGUCUUACGUUUGGACCUAUGUGGGGGGAGCUUAGCGUGAUGUACAUAUUUAUGCGGUACCGUUUCAACUGGGAUGAAGUCAGAUUCAGCAUCUAUUCCACCUAUAACUUCGUCGCUCAUUCUGCGGGAACGCUGUUCUCCAUCAGCGUGUUCAGCCGGAGGCUUCACGCUGACGACGCCAUGCUGGGGAUCAUAUCCACCUCCAGCAAGAUCCUCGGAGCCCUGCUCAUGGCGUUCGCUAGGAACGAUUAUGAAGUGUAUUUAUGUCCCCUCGUUGAGAUCUUGAAUGGAACAUCAGCCAUCGCUCUGAAGUCCAUAGCCUCCAAGCUGGUUUCGUAUAAAGAAUUAGGCAAGGUGUUCUCACUGUUCGGUGUGGCCGAGACACUGAUGCCUCUUAUCUUCGCGCCGCUGUAUACCCGAGUAUACAUCCUAACGCUGCACGCGCUGCCGGGCGCCUUCAUGCUACUCAGUGUUGCAGCCACGAUUCCUGCCUUGGGAAUAUUCGGAUGGUUCUACAAUCGGCACAAAAAAGACUUGAAGAACAAAAGAUUAGAUGGCCCCGUGACUCCGCCUGCACCUGGCGACGUUGGUAUAGUUCCCGCCUAAACUCUCACGUGGGAUUUCUCCGGAAAUAUCCCCGUUCAUAUCUGUUAUUAUGAAUUCCCAU